AUUUGGAUUGGAGUCCAUCAAAAUUACGAGGGUUCAUGUGUCAUUUGGCAACAAAGGGAGAAAGAAAGGGUCGUUGACACUUCACGGACCCUCUCCCCCUUCCGCCCUUCCUGUUUCAUCCGCCGGUAGUUGAAAAUUAUACACUUUUUCAUCGCCGCCGACUACCUGCGGAUGCUACCUCAUACAUUCGAAUCCUAUGCACCAACCAAACCUAUAUAGAUCUGUAGAUAGAGAGCGGCGUGGGAUUGGAACUGUCAAGAUGAUACCGCGGUCGAGUUCUUUGCAGCAAGACAAGUUAUUUAGAUCUGUAGAUCGCGAGGGGGUUGAUGGCGGAGGUGUGACGUCGUUGCCACGGUCGAAUCCUGUGCAACAGGAGAAAAGAAUUACGCGAUCAAAUCUGGUGGACCAGCUCAGAGAGUAUCAAAUUCGAUCGAAACAUGAUUGGGCCUCCGUCUCAUUCUUUUCCUCCACUUCAAAUCUCUCUUCCUCCAGGGUGGAUGUAGUGGUGUUCGUAAUUUGGGAACUUGUGAUUCUAGCUUUUUUGGUUUUCUCGGCAGUUUCGUUGUAUUUCCGGCACUUGAGACUUGGAUUUGUUUUGGCAACCAUCACAUUGUUACUGCUAUUAUCUAUGAAGGUAACAAAGCGUAUAAAACUGGCCCAGAAAAAGAAACGAAGGAUGCUUCUUCCUUUAUCCAUGUAGAAACACUAACAAUUUGAUGUCACCCCGACCCCAACUUUCGUUGUGUAAAUUUGCAACAAAUUUUGACCAUUUCCAAGGUCUAUCCCCUCUUUUUUUUUGGUUUAUUCUGUUGUGUAAUUGCAGUUGAAGCAAAUGAAUGAUAAAGAAUGGAAAUUGAUAGUGUUCUC